AUGGCCGAACCACUCUGCGCAAGCUGCCAGGAGCCGCUGCUCAUCGAGGUCGAGCCAGAUAGCGACAGCGAGGAAACAAAGGCACCAGCACAGACUGAGAGCGUCCCAGAUGAUGUCGAAUUGACUUGCGGCUGUCAUUAUCAUUGGGAAUGCUUUCUAGAGUCGUACACCAUCACACAAUGCCCGAAUUGCGACAAAGACAUCUCCGUUCUUUCUCCGAGUGGAUCGCAACAGGUCCUGGUCACCCUCCGGAGCGAAGGCGGCCUCCAAGAAAAAUAUGACAUACUCCCGGCUGCCACCGAGGAAGCGUAUAUGCGGGCCUAUCCUGAAGAACGCAAAGGACAUGCAUACCUGGAGUUCUGUCGGGAGGGUGAUAUCGAUGCUAUAAUUCACAUGAUCAAAGACUCGAAAGAUGACGACGGCGAGGAAUACGAAGAGAUCGAUGAUAUCUUGAGAUAUCGUGGUACUUUCGAAGGAAUCGAUGGUUCAGGGCUGCACGUCGCCAUCCGAUACGAUCAAGAAGAGGUAGCCUGGUUACUCCUGGCGCUCGGCUCGCAAUUGGAAUGGGAGAAGUUUCCUUCUAUCGUUCUCCAAGCGAUGCAAGGUCUUGGCCUGCAGCAGGAAGACAGGAACGAUGAGCCAGACAUUAGGACCCUGGUGGACAGUGAAGGCCGCACGCCGGCAGACCUGGCAAAGCAACUUGGAGGUGUAUGGGAAGAAUGGCUUUCAAAGGGCCGAUUGAUUGCAUGA